AUGAAAGCUUUUUUGACUCGUCCCAAGCGGAAAUCAUCUCCAGAGCUUCAAAAGGAAAUCGCAGAACCAGAAGAGUCAACCGAAGUCAAGUUGGCUUUAUUAUCGUCUCUGCAUCCUCAACUUGAUCAGGAAAUUCUACUAGACAUCUUACUAGCGCAUGAUGGAUCCGUUGCUGAGGCAUCGGCGUCGCUUAGAGUCCAGGCCCCGGUGAAGAAAGGCACUCAAGUUAUUGGAUACCAGCAGUCCUUGAAGCAAUAUGCAACCCCAAGUGACUCGACAUCCUUGGAUUCUACACCUAAGAAGAAGAAAUUAAAGUCAAAAGCCGGAAGCACAUUGCACCUGUAUGAUCCGGAAGACGUGGCUGAACAUACGCCGUGCACGAUUAUACACAACUUUUUACCGGCUGAAGACGCCAACGAAUUACUCCAAGAACUACUUGAAGAAUCAAAAUCGUUCGAGAAGAUCACUUUCCAAUUAUUUGAGAACGUAGUAUCAAGUCCCCAUACGUCAAGCUUCUAUGUCGAAAGCUACGACGAGAUCGAACGGCAGAAAACAGAGUACCACUACAACGGCGGUCGACUUACGGAUGUCCGGCGCAUUACACCUCAGCUUAUCAAGGUCAAGCCAAAAGUCCAAGAAGCUGUCAAUUCCGAGAUUCAGAAACGAAUCAAGACUCGAUACCCUGGCGGGAAAAAGUUGAAAUAUCAAUCUCCAAAUCCCUGGGUCCCAAACUCAGCAUUUGUCAAUGCAUAUACCGGCCCGCAGCAGAAUGUCGGAUGGCAUAGCGACCAUCUCACAUAUCUUGGACCUCGCGCCGUCAUCGGGUCUAUUUCACUCGGGGUUGCCCGCGAAUUUCGUGUCAGACGUAUAGUACCCAGAGACAGCGAUGCGAAAACGGUCCAAGAGCAAGAUGCACAAGGUCAAAUAUCAAUCCAUCUUCCACAUAACUCUCUUCUCGUGAUGCAUGCCGAGAUGCAAGAAGAGUGGAAGCAUAGCAUCGCGCCGGCAUUAUCGAUUGAUCCACAUCCAAUUUCUGGCACUACGCGUAUCAAUAUUACAUACCGAGACUACAAGGCAAACCUACACCCACGAUCUACACCAAAGUGCCGAUGUGGGCUGCCGUGCGUCUUAAGAGCGGUGACGAAAAAGAAGGACAAUUUGGGGAAAUACUUUUGGAUGUGUUAUGCCAACUCUCCCGGACAGGACAAAUGCGGAUUCUUUCAGUGGGCUGAGUUUGACGAUGAUGGGAAUCCCCUGUUUAGAAAAGGAGCUGGCACCAAGACUUAG